AAGAUUUUGAAGAUUGGAGGAGAUAAAUUUUUUAAGAGUUGAACUUGAAGAUUGGAGGAGAUUAGAAGAUUGAGUAUGGAAUAUUAUCUGUACUAUCGUAGUUGGAUGUACGAUAGAUUGGAACCAGGAAGACGUGCACUUAAACCAAAUUUCGUAGAAGGAGUUGAUGGGUUUAUCAAGUGGGCAUUUGUUCAGGAAUGUUGUCGAAGUGAAGGGGGAGUUAGGUGUCCUUGUCUUAAAUGUGAAUGUAGGCGUAUAAUUAGUGAUCCAGAGGAAGUAACACGUCAUUUGCAUAGAAGGGGUUUUAUUAAAGAUUAUUGGGUGUGGACGUCGAACGGUGAAAAUUUGCCGAUGAACGUGCCAGAGACUAGUAAUACUCAUGCUUCAAGCAGUAGACCGACUAUGGAAUAUGAGGAAAACUUUAAUAUGAUCGGUGAGAUGGUUGAGGAUGCUUUUGGCGUGAACGUGGCCUAUGAUCAACCUGAAGAUUUUGAUGGAGAAGAGUUGCCAAAUGAGGAAGCGCAAAGAUUUUAUCAGUUGUUGAAUGAGAUGAAUAUACCGUUGUUUGAGGGGUCGUCAGAUUCAAAAUUAUCGAUGUGUCGAGGGUUGUGUGUUGUUAUAAAAACAAAACCUAUAGGCCAUAUUGAAACUGACGACAUAGUGGAAGAUCUUGCUUACCAAGUUGAUGAAGUUGGACCAAUUAAUGAUGUCAUUGCAGUUGGGCAAAUUACCAAUUUGUCUAAUAUAACAAAUGAGGGGUAUGAAGUUGAUGCUUCUGUAUUGUUGGUUGAAGAUAAUGUGAAUGAAGAGCACGAAGGCGUUGGGUCUGAGGAUAGUAUCACAUCAAAUGAUGAUAAUGAUAUGUAUGGAGAGCCUGUAGAUUUAGAAUAA